AUGUCAAGUUGGCAUUUGAUGUGCCAACACGCAAGUCGCAUUAGCGAUUACGAUCAGAUUUAUUUUGGCAGAUGUGAAUAAUGGAUUGAAUAAAAUUUGAAAUAAAAACACGAAAUUAUCUGAAUGAAUGAAUAAAGUUAUUCAGUUGGGAGUGGGAAACGAACUUUAGAAUAAACAAAAGCACAAGUUAUAUUACAGAAAUGGCUUCAAGAGGUGGAGUAAUGGUAACUGGUACCAACGGUGCUGAUUUUCAACACAGGGAGAAAAUAGCGGCUCAGUAUCAAAUUAGCGCGUUAAACAAGUCUCGUUUAAAGUACUGCGUAUUCUUCCACCAUGUGUUAUUCCUGGCAAUGCUGGCAAAACUAUCUGCAGAUAUUUUGGACAAGUUAGAUAUAUUUAUAUUGGAGAUUGAGGAACUACAAAUUCCGCAGCCACUCUGGUGGGAGUACAUCUGGUGUUUAUCUGUGGCAUUGUCUUUCUUGGGCUUAUCAGCAAUUAAGCGCAACAACAUUAAGUUCCUUCGUAGAUAUAUGUAUGGUAUCACAGGGCUUGGUCUUCUACCACUUCUUUACUGUAUACUACACUACUGUGGCGAUGUUUGGCUAUAUUUAACAGCUGAGGACGAUGAGGAAGAAGAAAUUAUGUUAUGGCAGGGUUACCCAUAUGGCUUGCUCUGGUAUGCAUUUGUACUCCUUGGAUCACAAGUCCAUUUCUUUCAAUUAUAUUUUUCCUACAAUCUUUUGACUGCCUGGCGUUCGAGAGGUUCUUACAAAAAGGCAGAGUAAAAUACAUCAAUUAUGAUUGUUUCCAAAUUAACUAUUGGUUUUCUUAAAAAAUGUUAUUUUUUGUUUGCGAAUGGAAACUAUAUACAUCUAUUUUAUAUUUUUGUACCCAAGAAGUUAGUGUGCUAAUUCCAAUGUUUUUGUUUUUGACUGGUAAAUCAAUGACUUUUAUUCUAGUGUAGAGUUACUACGAUAAUUAGCACAUACAAUAUGCAUCUCUGUCAAAACUGAUUGCACCACAAUUUGGAGGGAGAAUUAAGAAAAAAUUUAAACUUGAUUUUGUAUGAAGCAUGUAUUAAUGUCGUUACUUUCUCUGUUUUAUCGGGCAACAGGUUUUAUGGUUGUAGUCAAUUAAAUGAAUUGAUGGUUUUAAGAUGUGAAAAUAUUAUAUACCUACUACUAAUAAAAAAAUAUAGAUUUGUUUAACUGAAGCAAAUAAAAAAAACUGAUUUUAUAAAUAAACAAGAAAUUUAUUUACAUUUGUUUUCCUAAAAAGGGUCUGAUUUAAAAAUAAACUAUUGUAAAUAAUUACUAUUAGAAUGUAGUUUGGAUGUCUAUGUUAAUGGUUCUAUAACAUUGUAAGAUCAGAAAUGACAUUUUAUUUACUUUCAUGGUUAAUAAUAAACUGUUUUUGGAAA